ACACCUUCUCCAUGGCUUAUAUUUGCCUUUUAGUAUAGUAUAUAGAUUGUUCUAAAAUAAUUAAAUAAUCACUGUAUAUAGAGAGAUGGGAAGGCAGAUAUGUUAACAUCAAAAUUUUCAUUCUUGCUUAUAGAAGAUGAUAGGUUUUUGGAACUCGAUCAGUCUCAUUCCUAUUUCUCUUUCUUUUUUCUUCUUGUUUCAAGAUUUGUUUGCCGCUCCUACUAGACACUUGUGUCAUCCUGAACAAAGGGAUGCCAUCCUGGAGAUCAAAAACGAGUUCAAGAUUCAAAAUCCUUGUUUAGACGGGCUUCCAAAGACAGUGUUAUGGGUGAACAAUAGUGAUUGUUGUUCUUGGGAAGGUAUAAGAUGCGAUGCUAAUUUUGGGGAUGUGAUCAUGCUCAACCUUAGUGACAGCUGCCUCCAUGGUCAGCUCAAUUCCAAAAUCUCUAUUUCUAAGCUUCAAAACCUUCGUUUUCUAACAACUCUCGACCUUUCAAAUAAUGAUUUCAUUGGUAAAAUCCCAUCUUCACUUGGCAACUUUUGUAUGCUAACAACUCUUGACCUUUCCAGAAAUCAUUUUAGCGGUGAAAUCCCAUCUUCACUUGGAAACCUUUCUAAGCUAGCCACUCUUGACCUCUCUAGUAAUCAUUUUAGUGGUGAAAUUCCAGCUUCACUUGGAAACCUUUCUAAACUCACCACUCUCCACCUCUCUCAAAACAAUUUUACUGGUAGGAUUCCAUCUUCACUUGGAAACCUUUUGAAUCUCACCACUCUUAGCCUUUGUGCUAACAAGUUUAUUGGUGAAAUUCCAUCUUCAUUUGGGAAUUUUUCUCAUCUCACCUCUCUUAGCCUCUGCGAGAACAAUUUUGGAGGUGAAAUUCCAACUUCACUAGGUAGUCUUUCCCAUCUCACUAUUCUUGAUCUCUCACAAAACAAUUUCGUUGGUGAAAUCCCAUUUUCUUUUGGCGAUUUGAAAAGGCUCACCAGCUUAUCUGUUGAAAACAACAAGCUUAGUGGUAACUUUCCUCUUAUGCUACUAAAUCUAACAAAGCUGUCCGAAUUAUCGCUCUACGGCAAUAAGUACGUAGGCAAGCUUCCACUUAACAUAAGCUUACUCUCCAACUUGGAGUUCUUUUACGUAAGCGGUAACGCCUUUACUGGUACUAUCCCUUCUUCUCUCUUUUCCAUUCCUUCUUUGACUUAUAUUGAUUUGUCAAAUAACCAACUCAAUGGCACUCUUGAGCUUGGGAGUAUAUCUUUAUCGUCUAAGAUAGAAGACUUACGCCUUGGUAAUAACAACUUCAUGGGAUCAAUCCCCCGAUCCAUCUCCAAAUUAUCCAACCUUGAGAGACUUGACCUUUCCCAUCUCAACACCCAAGGAGGCUCAGUUGACCUUAGCAUCUUCUCGCAUCUCAAGUCACUCAAGUAUCUUUACCUCUCCCACUUGAACACCAGAAGUACACUCGACUUGAAUGCAAACUUACCAUUUCUCAAGUCACUAGAUACACUGGAUCUUUCAGGAAACCUUGUUUCAUCUGAAAACACUAGUUUGGUUUCAGAUCCUCCACUGUUGAGUGAGUUGUCUCUGUCAGGAUGCGGUAUCACCGAGUUUCCAGAGUUCAUACGAACCCAACGCAACAUGAAGAAGCUAGACAUUUCCAACAACCUAAUCAAAGGCCAAGUGCCUGGAUGGUUAUGGAAGCUUCCAGUUCUGCAGUACGUCAACGUUUCCAGCAACACUUUAGUCGGUUUCGAAAGUCCAACGAACCAUGGGGUAUCCCUGAGUUACUUGUUUGCCGCCAACAACAAUUUAACGGGAAAGAUCCCUUGUUUCAUAUGUGCGUUACGCUCUCUAGCCAUACUCGAUUUAUCUAACAAUAAAAUCAAUGGUUCAUUCCCUCUUUGCGUCGGAAACUUCAGUAGCGUCCUCCAAGCUCUAAAUCUUAGACAAAAUUGUCUUAGUGGACGUCUUCCGGAGAAUAUAACCGAAAGUCUAAGGUGGCUUGACGUUGGUCAUAACCAACUGGUGGGAAAGCUUCCAAGAUCUUUGAUACGUAACUCUUUUCUCGAAGUUCUAAAUGUGGAAAGAAACAAAUUCAAUGACGAAUUCCCUUCCUGGCUGAGUUCUUUGCAAGAGCUGCAAGUUCUUGUCCUUCGCUCUAAUGCCUUCCAUGGACAGAUAAAGAAAACAUUGUUUCCUAAGUUGCGAAUCCUCGACAUAUCCAGUAACCACUUCAAAGGAGCUUUACCAUCAGAUUUCUUUGUGAAAUGGACUGCGAUGUUCAGUCUAGCGACUGAAGCAAGAGAUCGAUCUAACGAAAAGUACAUGGGGAGCGGCUAUUACGUUGCCUCAAUGGUUUUGAUGAAUAAAGGCGUUGCAAUGGAGCUAGUACGCAUCCUAAAAAUCUUCACAGCGAUCGACUUUUCGGGGAACAAAUUUGAAGGAGAGAUACCAAAGUCCAUUGGUUUAUUGAAAGAGCUUCAUGUGCUCAACUUUUCAAACAAUUCUUUGACCGGGCAGAUCCCGUUAUCAAUGGGUAACCUGACGGAGCUAGAGUCACUGGAUGUUUCCCAAAACAAGCUUUCUGGAGAAAUCCCGCAAGAGCUAGGGAACCUCUCGUACCUUGCUUACAUGAACUUCUCUCAUAACCAGCUUGUGGGUUUAGUACCGGGAGGCACUCAGUUUCGAACGCAGCCUUGCUCUUCUUUCGGGGAAAAUCUGGGACUGCAUGGUCCUUCACUUGAUGAAGUUUGUGUUGAUAUCCACACAACUACAUGGAAACAAUCUGAAACACCAGAGCUAGAGGAAGAAGAAGAAGAAGAGAUGCUAAGUUGGAUAGCAGCUGCAAUAGGAUUCAUACCAGGUGUUAUCUUUGGAUUGACAAUGGGAUACAUACUUGUUUCCUACAAACAAGAGUGGUUCAUAUACCUUUUUGGCCUAAACAAACGCAAAGCAUAAGAACCACACAUCAUUAAAGAGGUAACGUUCUUAACAUGAAAAUUUCAGGACUAAAAUAUUGUCUUGAUGAAUGAAUAAACGAAAUUAAUGUAUUGAUAUAUAUGUUGAUUUUAAUUUUAUUAAAUAUUGUUCAACUAGUUACAUUUCACAGCCUUGUCUUUUAUGAUUGACUGAAUUAUUUUUAAUAUAUAUUUUUAUAGAUAUUUUAAGGAGAAGAUAAAUUUCUUAAUAUGUGUGUUUUAAGCAACAUCAAACAGGCAAAAAUUAUGAAACAAGGAAGUAUGUAAUAGGGUUACAGUUAUUGUGAUUCACAUUAAAAUUUGAUAGUGACAUAACCUACCAUGCACGUAACAAGAACUAGAGCAAGGUGUGGUCUACAUUUCUUAGUCGAAUUAGUCGCUGGGUGAAUCUUCCCGGCAACUGCAAAUGCUUUUAACCACAUAAGUGGUGUGGUCUAUUGGUACAGCAGAUUUGGAAAUGUUCUACGUAUCCCGACUUUAAAAUCUAUCAAAUUCAUUACGAACAACUGAGUAUGUUAGGCAAGACCGGUCCAGAGAUUUUAGAGGACUUAAGCGAUUUUUGUAAAGAUUUUAUUGAAAAAAAAAAUAAGAAAAUUUAGGGGUUUUUUUUAAAAAAAUUGAGAGUCUAUGUAUAUGUAAUUUUUUCAAAAGAUUAAGGGACCCUAGGCGAAUGUUUCAUCCGGCUUUGCCCAUGACCGGCCGUGAUGUUAGGUGCAGAUGGUUAAACCUUCAGAGAAUUAAUUGGUUGAACUUCGGUCAGCUGAAUACCUUUGAAUUAACAAAAAAAGUUAGUUUUCUUUUAAAGAAAAUAUUUUACAAACUCAUGUAAGAAAUAGUCAGAUGAGUAAAAAUUGUACUUACGAUAUAUUAUUCAUGCUUUAUAUUAAGUGUCGUUUUGAGUUGUGCACACAGAUUAAUGAAACAAUUAGUUUUAUAUAUUUUUUUAUAUAAAAAUACAAUUAUUUAUACAGUUAACCAUAUUUCAACCAAUAGAAAAAUAAAUUGAUGAAUAAAAUUAAGAAAUUUUGCAUUGAAAAUCGAAAACUAAAUUUAUUUUGUAACGAAAAAAAUUCUCUAUAACGACACUUAAUAUGAAACGGAAAAGUAUCAUGUAAACCAAUAAUUCUCAAGAUUAUUCUGGAAUAUACACCACAUUCAUUCUUUUCCAAUUUUCUUUUGUCCAAGUCAUUGUCGCAUUAAAACGAGACAUUUUCAGUUGACGUUUGUCUGAUAAAUCCUGGUCGUCGAUUUUAGUGGAGCUGCUGCGUCCUUUGGUAAAUAGACACACAGUUUGCAGUAUUCUACACAAACAUUUGCCUGUUACUUAAAAUUUUUGGAGUAAAAAAGAAAUAAAGAAAGUGAAAAUGAGGAAUAACCGAAUAAGUGAGAAAAAUGAGAAGAAAGAAGUUACUCUCAUCCAACUUAUCAUAGUACUGUAGUGGAUGAAUGUUUUAUUUUGUUCGCACAGUAAUUAGAAUAAAUUAAGAAAUAUAAUUCUAUUUGACAAUUUUUUUAAGUGUAAGCUUUUAGUUUUCAAAAUCACUUCUUUUUUUACUCUGGAAUGCGAGAGCCAAUUACAACUAGAGGUGGGAGAAAGACAACUAACUGGUAUUUUCGUAUACUUGGUAUUUUAAUUGUUUUAUACAAGUUUGCAAGUUGCUUACCCAUCUUAUUACUUGUUAUUUGUUAACCACUUGCAAAUUAUUUGGUAAUCAUUUGUAAAUUACUCUGAACUUUCAGUUUUUGAUCUUUUUAAUGUGUGUUAUAGUUUGCUGUAAGAGAUGGGUUGACGGAUUUUUCAUCGGAUAUUGCUGUUUCCAACACACCAUCUUGGCUGUUAAAAAAAUGUUCAUGGUGUUAGUAACAAAAAGUUUAAUAGUUCAUGAAUAUUAAUUGUCAUAUGAUUCAUAUAAUAUAUGUAGUUUUUAAUACAUUAUUUUGUCCAGUUGUAUGACAUGUGACAUUGUCUUCUUAAAAACUUCCAAUAAGCCUUGCAUUUUUUAAUUUACAAGAAAUUACAUUUUCUGAAAAUAAAUUCUCAAAUUUGGUAUACAAUCUUUUAGAUUUUAACCAUUAAACCACGGUAAUUCCACUCUACGAGACUUUCUAU